AGUAUCGCGUACGCGUGCCAUGGCGAUAGACCUCGAGAGAAAGCAAUCGUUCGAACCAAAGCUUCAAAGUACGAUUACUAAGUAUGGGAUACCGACAGAAGAUAUAUAUACAAUUUUGACGAGACUGGCUUUACAGGUUGGCAUGGGAAGAGAUCAAUAUAUUGUCACCCGCGAACUAAAAAAGAGGAUAUAUAUACCACUUAAUACGAAUCGAGAAUAUAUCACUGUUGUUGAAGGAGUUAAUGCCUCCUCCGAAUGGGUAAUAUCUCCAUUUGUUAUUAUUGCGGCAAAAACCAUUAUCCAGGGCUGGUUUGAUGCCACUGGAUACGGUCAAAAUAUUGGGAUUGCCGUUAGCGGAAAUGGAUAUCCUGAUGAUGAAUUGGGAUAUCAAUGGAUUCACCGUGAAACCUUUCGCAAAGUUAAAGGUUGGCCCAAUAUCGAUUGUCAAUUUGUGAUGGAUUUAGCUCUCACCUUACUUCCAAACCCGUGGGCACGCCUAGUCCGUACAAACCCUGACUACCCUACGGUGGCUAGAUAUAAAGCGCUAGCACGCGAGCCUUGGCAGCGGCACCCACUUGCAGCUGCCACGAUAAUUUGUGGUAAUUGUUUUGGUGAGGGGUGUAGGAGUCGAACCUACGGCCUUGUCAAUCAGCGAAGAUGGGUACCGAAUGGAGGCCCCAAGGAUAGCCGUUACCACUUCAGCUAUCCGCCCCCUGGCAAAGCAGCUUCUUCUGCUCAACUGUGUGAACAAGACGAGAAGCGUAGGCAGAAAUUUCACCGGUUGCUUCGUCUUUUUGUAACCGAAAAGUUGACUCAAUCAACCGUCAAGCUACUCCUUGGAGAACGGCCACUAGGUGAGAUUGGAAUUGACAUCUCCUUACGAGCAAAGGAAGCUGGCGGCAACCGAUGGCAGUUCCACUUGCCUGCUAGCGAUAAUCCUAUCCGCCACUAUGUCAAAGUCGAAUUGGCGAAGGCAUUCCGGAAGCGACUGAUAAAAGGGCCAAAGGUAUACGCACUUAUGGAGUACAAUCCACUACUCAACAAGACUAGCAGUAGAGAUAGCAAGGAUGCUCUGCCAAGUGCCUUGAGGGAGUAUGCCGACGUUUUUUCUCCUCAGAACGAGGGACAAUCCACUUUAUCCGUUGUCAUGGGCCGAGCUGUUAUCUCCAAGAGAACCUCGAGAAAGGCUUCAUCAGACCGUCAAAAAGUCCAGCUGCAUCACCGAUCCUAUUCGUACCAAAGAAGGACGGAUUUAACAAAGUCACCAUUAAGGGCCUCUGUUCGGUACCCAUCUUCGCUGAUUGACAAGGCCGUAGGUUCGACUCCUACACCCCUCACCAAAACAAUUACCACAAAUUAUCGUGGCAGCUGCAAGGCUUUUGCCCUAAGAACCGCACCAAUUCUCGGGAACCCUUUUAAAAACCAUCCGACCCACCCACGGGACAGGACACCCGAGGCUAGCCUAGCUAGUGGUUAG